AUGGGCUCUCUAGAGAAAGACCUUUGGACAGGCACAGCCUACGUCCAAGGCAAAGCCUCAGCCAAGCUCCUCGCAAGCAACCUAGAGCUGAGCUUCUGGGGCGGCGUCGAUCCCCAAACCAGCGAGAUCAUCGAUCGCCACCAUCCAUUAAGCGGACAAUACCUCCAGAACAGCAUCCUAGCUAUCCCAGGAGGUCGAGGCUCGUGUACCGGCAGCGGUGUGAUGCUGGAACUUAUACUCAACGGGAAAGCACCCGAAGCAAUCAUAUUCGAAAGACGUGAAGAUAUUCUUACGCUGGGAGUUAUGAUUGCAGAAGAGGUUUUCAAUCAGUCCAUUCCUGUGCUGGUGCUGAAGAAGGAGGACUUUCGUCAACUUCUUCAACUAAAUGGACAGAUUACUUAUGUGGAUGAUGGUUAUGUGUCCACCAGUACACUAUCGAAGCAUCAAACGUGCUCAGUCAGGGAUAUAGACAGUGGUCUUAUUCUCGAGACUACACCCACACUUGAAGGCAUCAAACUCUCCACCCUCGACCAAGAACUUCUGAGGGGAGAUUAUGGCGAAGCAUCCCGCAUAGCCAUAAGGAUCGUACUCCGCAUGGCACAUUUACUAGGUGCCACAAGACUCAUGGACAUCACACAAGUCCACGUCGACGGCUGCGUGUAUACCGGUCCCGCAACGCUUGCUCUAGCAGAGAAGCUCCGAGAUUUGGGAGGCCAGGUCCGAGUCCCAACAACACUCAACUCUAUCUCAGUCGAUCAAAAGAGAUGGCGCGCUCUUGGUGUUGAUACGACUUUCGGCGAGGCUGCCGAUGCGCUUGGGAGAGCCUAUGUUGAUAUGGGUGCAAGGCCAACCUAUACUUGUGCGCCGUAUCAGCUCGAGAGUGCUCCGAAGCUAGGCGAGCAGGUUGCUUGGGCGGAGUCUAAUGCUGUUGUGUAUGCGAACAGUGUUCUGGGGGCGCGGACGAUGAAAUACCCAGACUUCCUCGAUAUCUCGAUCGCUUUGACAGGGCGAGCACCGAAGGGAGGGCCUCAUAUUUAUGCUAAUCGACUGGCAUCCAUGUGUGUCGAGAUGGUAGGAUUGGAAGAAACGUCAGGACUCGAUGACUCCUUUCCUCCUCUGCUUGGAUACUACAUUGGAACGUUAGCAACGAGUCGAAUCCCUGUGAUACUAGGACUUGAUAAACUCGACCUCUCAACAGAUGAUCUAAAAGCCUUUGGCGCCGCCUUCGCUACCGUUUCUAGCGCCCCAAUGUUCCACAUCGUGGGUGUCACACCGGAAGCAACCACUCUCAAGGCUGUGGCGGCCUCUGAGCUUACCACGAUCCAAGUAAAGCCAAGCGACCUGCGCAUAAGCUGGGACAAACUCAACAGCGCCCCAACAAAUCAGCCUCUAGAUCUCGUCUCAUUAGGCAACCCACACUUCUCCCUCCCUGAGUUGCGAAAGCUCGCCGAUCUCUGCCAAGGGCGGAAAAAGGCAGACAGUGUAGCUGUUAUAGUAACGUGUGGUCGCUCGAUAUACAAGCUAGCUGAGCAAGCAGGAAUUGUUGAUCGGCUGCAGAGUUUCGGGGUGCAGAUCUUGACUGAUACGUGCUGGUGCAUGGUUACAGAGCCUGUUAUCCCUCCCAAGGCGAAGACUAUCAUGACGAAUUCAGGGAAGUAUGCUCAUUAUGGGCCGGGGCUUACGGGGAGGGGUAUGUACUUUGGGAGUCUGGCUGGGUGUGUUGAUGCAGCUUGUUCUGGGCGUUAUGGCGCUGAGAGGCCGGAGUGGCUUCAGGAUAGAGUAGUUGAAUAG